AUGCUCACAUUGAUUCCGACUCUCACUAAUUUCAUGCAAGCAAUGACUUGCUUGGGCCUUCCUCUUCGAUUGGUCAUCAUCCUUACAGCUCUUGGCGUCAUUACGUGUACGCCGUGGGGAUUGCGGGAUUACGAGGCCGAGGGGAGGAGUGACCUCGAUCCCCUCUGGCUGACUAGACUACUUGAGCGUCAGGAGCCCUACGACGCGGACCUGCUGGCUCCGAUUGAACUGAGCGACUUUGGCGCCAGUCGGAAGAGAAGUUACGCCAGACCUGCCAUUCGCAUGGGGUGA